GUAAUAUGGUUGGAAAUGUGGAGUAAUAGAUGAUUAUCGGCGUGGGAGUAACUAUUUAAUACGUGGAGUGAAAAGGGUUGGUUCUGAAACCGGGAAUUUUCUGGUAUCCAAAUCCUCCAGAAGUUCAAACUUCGAAGCCUCCAUGGAAAAAUUGACAACCACCAAGGAGAAGGAGGUGGAGGAUUGAGAGCAUCAAAGGGUAAGUACAAGAAUUUAAGAACCUCGCCAAAGGGAAGAAAAACCGAAAUCACCAUAAAUUUUUUUGAGCCCCCAUAUUGUUUUCUGAAUCUGAACCAUAGUCAGUGGAGAGGGACAAAGCUUGGCGAAUACUUUAUGUGUGUCGUUGGGGUUGUUUUGUUGGGAAGCAAGGCUUAAACUUUGAGUUCUGUUUUGUUGGUCUCUCUUAGGGGGAAAAAUGAAUGUGGUAGGCAAAGUUGGAAGCUUGAUUACUCAAGGUGUGUACUCAGUUGCUACCCCUUUUCACCCCUUUGGUGGGGCUGUUGAUGUGAUUGUUGUUCAGCAGCAAGAUGGGGCAUUUCGAAGCACACCUUGGUAUGUUCGGUUUGGUAAAUUUCAGGGUGUUCUCAAAGGUGCUGAAAAGAUUGUUAGGAUAAAUGUUAACGGUGUUGAAGCCAACUUCCAUAUGUAUCUUGACAAUUCGGGGGAGGCUUAUUUUUUGAAGGAGGUGGAUGAUGAUAAAGGAGUUGAGUCAGAUGAGGUUGUUCAAGAUUCUAUUAGCCAAAAUAAUAGCUAUUUGAGUAAUGGUCAUAGACUUGAUCAUAGCAUCUCGGAUUCUGGGGUGCUUCGGUUGAAAGAUGAAGGCGAUUCCUCGGCUGUGCCUCUAAUUCAAAGGGCGGAAUCUGAUGUUGAUAGGAGAUUUUAUGAAUUCCCAGACGAUCCAUCUUCUUUUGAGGACUCAGUUGAGUUGUCAGAAUACGGGUCUAAUUCGUAUGAGAGUCUAGAGGGAGAAAUUUUUGUGGAUUCACAGAGUUCACAUCCAGAGAUGGUCUUGGUGAGUGUUGAUGGUCAUAUAUUGACUGCUCCUAUCUCGGAAUCAGAGCAGAAUGAGGAGGAGAAUGUGCAGUUAAAAACUCCUCAGUUUCAUCUGGGCCCAGGUGAAGAGACCGACUUAUGUGAAGGCAAUGGAGAGUUUAGUUCUGGUGAAAAUGCUUGGGCUGCUGAUUAUAUUAGUCAGCUAGAUGCUCCAACAGUUGAUGUUCAAUCCGGUGUUCAGUCCAUACACCGUGACACUAAUGGUGAUGAUAUUACUUCUAAGCUCCCGCUUGAAGUUUGUCAAGUAGAGGAGGUACAUAUUUGUCAACCCCAGGAAACAUUGGAGAUUAAAGAUCAAGAACUUCAUAUGGAAAGUGAUUCAGAAAGGGUUGAAUCUGGUAUCAAGAGGGAGAAUGUUUUCAAAAGCUGUUUGGAGCUACAAGAAUUUGGUCAGCAGGAUGGAAAUGCUGAUUUAGAAGAUGUAGGUUCAUCAUUGGUGAUUCAAAAUUCCGCAGAGGAAUCUAAUGCAAAUUGUCUCGUAGUUGAUGAAAAUGAACAAGAGAGCAUUGUACAAUCUAGAAACGUUGAUGAGUUAUUACCCCCUAAUGGUUCUACUUCUAAUGGCCAUAGAUCUCCUAAAUCAGAGUUGGAAAUUCAAGAGAAGAAUGCAUCAGAAGUUGAAAGUGCUCCUGCCUCUUGUUCCAAUACUACCGAUAUUGAACAAAAUGAUGAACAUCUUGGCAAGUCAGUAUCAAAUUAUGGGGUAGAUGGGAGUCAAAAAAACCCUGCACUGGAAGAUGUUAGAACUACAAGUGAGGUAGUGGAACCUCAAACAGAAACUUCAAAUGAAGAUCAAAACCAUUCUAGUUUGGGAUUUGAGAUCUCACUUUGUGGUCAUGAACUUAAGGCGGGCAUGGGUUCAGUAGCUGCUGCUGAAGUAUUCGAAGCACAUAGGAUAUCGGCUGUUGACUUUAUGAGUUCUGCUCCAUCAGUAAUUAAAAAUCAAAAUCUUGUUAUCAAGUUUAAAGAGAGGUACUUGAUGUGGGAAAAGGCUGCUCAUCUUGUUCUUGGAAUGGCUGUUUUUGGUUUAGAUUUACCUGUUGAACCCAAAGAUACAAUUCCCGUGGAACAAGAUGCAUUGAAGUCCAGGGAUGAUGAUCCAGGAACAUCUUCGGCUGGACGCAGAUGGAGACUUUGGCCUAUUCCUUUUCGAAAGGUCAAAACAACUGAGCAUACUAAUAAUAACUCACCAAAUGAGGAGGUAUUUCUAGAUUCUGAGUCUGGAUCUCUUGCAGACCCAACUCCAACAUCCAGUACCCAGGGAUCUCCCCAUAAGCAAUUUCUAAGGACAAAUGUUCCAACUAAUGAGCAGAUAGCAUCCUUAAAUCUCAAAGAUGGUCAAAAUUUGGUAACCUUCAGUUUCUCUACAAGGGUUCUCGGAACACAACAGGUUGAUGCUCAUAUAUAUCUAUGGAAGUGGAAUGCAAGAAUUGUAAUAUCAGACGUUGAUGGAACUAUUACCAAGUCUGAUGUUCUGGGGCAGUUCAUGCCUUUAGUUGGCAAAGAUUGGACACAAUCUGGAGUGGCAAGGCUUUUCUCUGCCAUUAAGGAAAAUGGAUACCAGUUACUGUUUCUGAGUGCCCGUGCAAUUGUCCAGGCAUAUUUAACCAGGAAUUUCUUGCUUAACCUGAAACAGGAUGGAAAAACCUUACCCAAUGGACCCGUUGUUAUCUCACCUGAUGGAUUGUUUCCCUCACUUUAUCGAGAAGUGAUAAGAAGAGCGCCUCACGAGUUCAAGAUUGCUUGUUUAGAGGAUAUCAAAAGACUUUUCCCUUCUGAUUAUAAUCCAUUCUACGCUGGAUUUGGCAAUAGAGACACAGAUGAACUUAGUUACAGGAAAAUUGGAAUCCCUAAGGGCAAAAUAUUUAUUAUCAACCCUAAGGGUGAAGUGGCUACUAGUCACCGUAUUGGCACAAAGUCAUAUACAUCAUUACAUACCCUCGUCAAUGACAUGUUUCCACCAACUUCUCUAGUUGAGCAGGAGGACUUCAACUCAUGGAAUUAUUGGAAAACGCCAUUGCCAGAUAUUGAUUAGUUCAUUGCUUAAGAUAUUUAGUUCCUUUUGACAAGGAUCCGUUGGUAUGGAAUAUGGAACCAUCCAAAGAUGUUAACCAAAACGCAGGACUUUCAUCCUACUUGACCCAUUCAUGUGCCGUAAUUGGAGAGUAUCUUUUUAUACUGGAUUUCAUUGAUGGGCAUGCACGUAUGUGUGUCUCAAAGAACAUCAUUAUUCAUCGUGAUGGCCAUGCCCUUGCUUUCCUUUUUUUGAUCUGCAUUGAAUCUUGAUUCAUUAUAAUCCACCCUUCAACAGAAUUGUGUAACAUUAGGCUUAUAUGUUACAUUGUACUACACCUUGUAUAUUUUUUAUUUCGUUGAUCAGGGAAUAAUGUCACAAAUUCCAACAGAGAAACUUCUUUUCUCUACCUGAUAUUCAUGUUUAUCUUCAGUUUGUCCAUGCGUUAAAUCAGGAGAAUAACAAAUUGCAUUUUAUUGGAGUGAGGAACUAAAAUCGAUGAUG